ACUAGAAUCGGAGAUGAGUAAAUAUAAAGCAUUGCUGAAGAACAUUGAAAAUGACAUGACUUACACUGAACAGAGAACUGUUCAGAUUAAGAGCAAUAUUCAGACAUCAGAGAAUAUCAUCACUGAUGUGAGAAAUAAAUUGGCAGAACGUCAGAAGUUGAUGGACGAUCUACGACAAAAGAUUGAAUCCAUUAAGGAUCAUGUGUUCCAGAAUUUCCUCAGAGAGUUAGGGAGUCCCAGCAUUUAUGUGUUUGAACAGCGUGAUUACAGGAUAUACAAGGAGAAACUUACAAAGAAACUAGAACUGCAGGAAAAGCUGGAGUUCCUAAAGCAGCAAAAGAAUUUUGAAUUGUCCCAGAGUACUGCAGACAAAAUAGACCUGUGGACGAAAAUAGUGAGGGAAAAGCAAGAUAUGUAUGAGGAUCUGCAAAAGGAGGAGGAAAGGUUGAGUAUUGAGUUAGCAGCCCACAAUGAUGAUACAGCUACUCUGGACAGAAAAAUAAAAGAAGCAGAAGCAAGAGAAGAAAUCAUCUCAGAAAAAAUUAAACAGAUAGAGAAGAGAAUCAGUACCAGAGAUCAUGAGAAGUGGAUGUUAUCAACAACUAUGGAAGUUCUUGAAACAAAUUUGAAGCAGCAGCACCAAUGGCAUAUAAAAUAUUUGUUCGAGAGCAAAAUGAAGAAUAUUGAUCUGCCUUUUGUGAGAGGGAGUUUAGCUGAUGUGUCAUUAACAUCAUCUUCUUCUGAUACUUCUGCAGAGAGGACAGUUCUUCGAAGUGAUGAGAUUGAAGUAGAUUUCAGUGACCUUACUGAAGAAGACAAGUCACUUUCUGCAGAAGAUUUUGACAGUUUGAUUGUUACUAUGGAAUCUGAAAUUCAAGAUUUGGAAAGCAACUCCCUGGAUUCCCCAGACAUAGCACAGGUCACAGAAAGAGUGAACAUGUGGGAGGAUAAAAUGAAAGAAAUCAAUAUCAAACUGAAGAGAGAGACUGCCAAGGCAAACAAUUUGAGAAAUAAAUUUGAAAAUAUUAAGAGAAGACGUUUUGAAGCAUUCAUGGCUUGCUUCAAACAUGUGUCAUCUAUGAUCAGUAAUAUAUACAAGGAUUUAAUGCAGAGUGACUUGUGUCAUGUUAUGCUGACACUUGAAAAUGAGGAGGAGCCAUACCUUGGUGGUGUACAAGUGUGCUUUGUAGAACAUGGAAAGCCUUGUAUUGGUAUGGCAUCAUUAUCAGGGGGUGAGGCUGUUAUGGCUGGACUUGCACUCACAUUUGCAUUACACAGCUUCUUACCGUCACCAUUGCUGAUAUUUGAUGAAGUGGAUGAUGCACUUGAUGCAAAUAAUAUUGACAGACUUGUGAGAUAUGUAAACAGUCACAAAGAUUCAAUGCAGAUUACAGUAAUCACUCUGAAUAAAAAGAUUGCCGCUGAGUGUGAUGUUAUUGUGGGAGUGUGCCCAAAUCAUACCUUCAAAGAACAUUUAGUUACCAAAGUCAUAACACUCAAUCUAAGUUUGUAUCCGAAAGAUGGAGAAACACAGUUGAAGAAACUAAUAGAAAAAUCACAAGCUGUGAGAGAAAAGGAAGGUCAAUAACCAGUGUUAUCAUACGCAGAUAGAAACAAUGUAGGACUCUUCAGCAGAAAGGGGAAUUUAAAUUAUCAGAUACAUUUUCUUCAGUUCUGUUAUUGAGAGUAAUUUUGAGUGCCUUACUGUUACCUUCUGUACAAUAUACGAACUGUUGUCAGUAAACACGGAUGAAUAGAACUUAUAAAUUCCAUAGAUUUAUACGCAGUUGUUAGGAAUACUAGUAUGUUCCUUCUUUCCUAUCAACUUACACAAGGUUAAUGAUGUUAUGGUACUUUAAGCAUGAAUAUUUUGGAUUGAUUUUUUAAUUAAGAGCAAUGAAAAAUAGUACUUAUAAAGCAUGAGCCUGAUGUGGGCACUGCAAAAAGAGCAGUCAAAGUUGCAUGAGAACUGAGCGCGGCAAAUCUAUUUUGGCUGUUUGAUUAGUGAUUUACUGAAAUCAUUUCCUCCCUAUUUAUAACACACUUCUGUCAGUACAUAAUAUUUUUCUUUCUUAUUUCAAUACA